UUUUUUUUAUUAUGGUUACAAUAGAACAAAAGAUUGAAGAAAAUAAUUAUGUGGAGAAUGAUGAUAUUUUUGUUACUUCAAACUUGGAAGAAGAAAAUAAAGAUAAUUUUUUUGAUGGGAAAAAUAAUGACGUUGACAGCAGCAACGGUGGGUGGUCAGUCGGUAAAUUUAAAUAAAAAUUUUAAAAAAAUAAAGGAGGAAAUUUGGGUAAUUAGG